CUUACUAAAAAAAAUACUAGAAGAUAUAAGAAAGACACAUAUCAUCAGUAAGGAUUUGGUGUUUUAUUAAUUUCAAUGUAAAAUAACACGAAGCGUAUGUUUAAAAAAUUGAAAAAUGCCAUUGAGUGCCUUGCCACGCACAAAAGCAUCUAAUAGUUGCCGUAAUAAAAAAGCUAAAGUUCCCAGGUAGUGUGUUAUCUAGUUGGAGCGCAGCGGAGACCAAUCCUUAAUCUAAGUGCGAGAUGUAGAGCUUCAAUUCGUACACAAGUACUUGUAACUACUAAAGUUAGAAAAGUAUUUCGAUACUGAUAAGCUACAGGAAAACCGCAUGUUGAGUGCUAUUCAUAUAUAUUUGGGUAUAGUUACUUAUGUUAGUAGAUUAUAUUUUCGGCACGGGGAGUGCAUGUUUUUUGUCAAUUUUGUGUAAUAUUUAUACUAUGUUACAAAAUAGUUUAUAUUCCCGCCAAAGUUAAGUUUGCAACACUCGUAGAAUUUGAACGAAGUAGUCGGCCGUUGAUGAACUUAUUCAUGGUAUUUAGAAGCAUGAGUCGAGUCGCGUAUAGUGCACACAAAGUAGGCUCCAUGCAUCAUCGACUAAGAUUCAUUUUCGCCACGGCUACAAUUUUUGGAGCAACAUUCUUGCUGGUAUCAAUCAAUGAUAUAUCAAAAAUGUUUAACAUUAACUACAAUCCUCUUAUUCUCGUAGCUGAUACGGUAAACAAUGCAAGCAAUCACAGCGAAGAUAGCAGCUUUACUAUUAGGACAGAAGGGUGCACGAUUCCAGGCUUACAACCGUUGGAUGAUUCAAUCCGAAGAUACGUCUCAUAUCCAUCCGGUAUGCAUACAUGUCGCAAUGCAACCGUAGCUUUACUCGAUAGUAACUCAACGCACAUCUGGCUGCGACAGGAAAAUAAAAAGUACUACAAUAUAAUAAACGAUCAUCGUUUCUUUUGUUGUUAUAGAUCAUUCUACAGACCAGUGUCUGUUGAAGACAUAAGCUCGCCAAAGAAUGAUGACCGUGUCAGUUACAGAAACUGCAUUUACUUUAAUGAAGCUAUUGAAGUGAAAGAUGAAUUUGUUAAUAUAAUUUGCAAAUAUAAUAAAAAAAGAGUGUACGAACAAUUCUUUAUAUUUGUUAUAGAAUUAAAUUCCGAAAUUGCUGGCAAAAAACCUAAAUCUGACUCUAGCUACAAUGUUGUAAUUAUGGGCAUAGAUGCAGUAUCAAGGCUAAAUUUUCAUCGUACUAUGCCUAAUACUCUCAAAUUUUUAAAGGAUAAUGGUGCUGUAGAGUUACUAGGUUACAAUAAAGUGGGAGAUAAUACAUUUCCUAACUUGAUUCCAAUGUUACUUGGUAUAAGGGAUGUAGACAUAAACAUAACCUGUGCGCCCAGACCCCUAUCAACGUUUGACAACUGUCCGUUUAUUUGGGAAUGGUUUAGACAGGCUGGAUACUACACAGCAUUAGGUGAAGAUAGCGGAAGUCUGGGAACUUUUAAUUAUCUGAAAGUCGGUUUCGCCCGGAAACCGACUGACUAUUACAUUCAUACAUUUAUAAAUGAAGCCGAACACCGUGUUGGAAAUAAUAAAGACUUUAAUUCAAAUUUAUGUAUGAACGAUAAAUACUUCUAUAAAGUAUUACUGGAUUACGUCGAAAGAUUAAUGAUUACUUUGAGAUCACGAAGAUUCUUUGGAUUCUUUUGGGAAGUAACCAUGAGUCACGACUAUUUAAACUAUCCGAUGAAAAUGGACCAGGAUUAUGAAAAGUUCUUUAGGAGAAUACAAAACGAGAAUAUAUUGGACGACACUUUCUUAUUUCUCGUUAGCGAUCAUGGUAUAAGGUGGGGUGAUAUAAGACACACUAAACAGGGGCGUCUAGAAGAGCGACUCCCGUUUGUGUAUGUGUUAGUCCCACAGUCAUUCAAACAAAAUUAUACCCUUGCUUUUAAUAAUCUAAAAUUAAACAGCCAUCGGUUGACGAGCCCUUUUGAUCUUCAUUCCACACUGAAUGACCUAGUUGACUUAGAUCGUUUGAAAGAUAUAACAUCAAGGUCCAAGCAACUUUAUUGGAAAGAUCGUAGUAUAAGUUUAUUUCUUCCCAUACCGACUAACAGGUCUUGUUCUCUUGCCGGUAUUGAAGAUCAUUGGUGUACAUGCCACCAAGCACGUAAACUUUCUACAAACAGUAUCGAAGCUAUAGAAGCAUCGGCUCAACUAAUUCGACACUUGAAUUUAAUCGUUGACAGUUACAAAAUGUGUGCUAAACUGAAGCUUUCAGAGACGAUAGAUAUAAUGGAAAUGCAAAGUAAUGUAAAUGAUAUAACAGAAGGUAUAAUUGCUAAUUGGCGGGAAUUUAUGGUUGUUGUAAGAUCAUCACCUGGAGGUGGUAUAUUUGAGGCAACAUUGAGACAAGAUCCAAGUGGCUGGUCUUUGUCCGGAACAAUUAGUCGAUUGAACUUGUACGGAGACCAGAGCCGAUGUGUCAGUAACUCGCAUCUGAAAUUGUACUGCUUUUGUUUGUGAGUCGUGCCUUAAUCCGUGCCUGCACAUAAAAUAUCUUAAUACGAAAGAGUAACUGUGCUGGAUAAAAAGCAAAUAUGCCUAUACAAAGCUUGACUUCCGAACUUAUAGCGAGAGGUAAAACAAAUGAUAACGGACUGUAGUUAGACUGUAGUUUGGACUAGAGAUUAUGAGAAUAAUAUAAAGGUGGAAAAAGAUCCAUCAAUGGAUCUAUUAAAAUGGAUUUGAGUUGACUUACGGCCGUUCCCAAUAUUCAGUCUAUCUCUCACUUGAGAUAAAUAUCGUAACUAUCGUUGACUUUUCUGUCCCAAUAAACUUAUCGACGGUAACUUACCUUAUCCGUACACGCUGUCUGUCAAUGGGACGACGUAUAGCUUACCAGCGAAAGAAAUUUGUAUUGAAAUUGCAAUUCACGCGUCCCAAUAUAAGGCGAUAAGAAUGACUUGUAUAUUGGGAGAGCUUCAGAUUAUUGACAGCUAAUUACUGACAGUAGAAGGUAGUAACUUAUCUCUAUCUGUAGAUAGAACAUUGGGAACGGCCGUAAGAUAUCUAGAUUGACAAAAUUAAUAGUAUCUUAAGUGGAGUUCCUCUGUAGAAAGUCUAGUCACGCAAUUUUAACAUAUACACACAUCAGAAUAAUUGUACGUUUUGUUAUUUAUUCUUUUUAGUAGCUAACAUUAAUUUACUACAGUACUAAUUUGUUUAAGUGUAACUAAAUUAUUCAACCGAAAUCCAUAAUAUAUUAACUCAGAUUACAAACGUU